AUGCAUGGGCCCCUCACCGUCAAGAAUCUGUUACGCUAUGCGAAAAGCCCUUCUGCCACUGUUAAAGAGGUUCAGGGCUGGAUCAAGUCCGUUAGGAUAUUGAAGAAAAUGGCAUUUAUCGAUCUGAGCGACGGGACGUCAUCGCAGACAUUGAAAAUCGUUGUCCCGCGCCAAGACGGCACCAUACUCAAACAGUUGAGAACUGGCCAAUCGUUAAAAAUUGCAGAGGCAAUUUGGAAACCGACACCAACCCGUGAACAACCGUUCGAACUCGAAGCGAAAGCUGAUGAUUUGAAAAUCUUGGGCUCUGUUCCUGAAAAUUAUCCACUACAGAAGAAAUAUCACACUUUAGCAUUCUUGCGAACGUUGCCUACGUUGAAGCACCGAUCCAACUACUUAGGCGCCUUGCUGCGGUUUCGCAGUAUAGUGGAAAAUUCACUUUCUGAAUUCUUUACAUCUCGAGAUUUUACUAAGACGAACCCACCAAUUUUAACUGCGGCAGACUGUGAGGGCGCAGGGGAACUGUUUUCCGUCAAUGCUCAAAGCUCGAAGGGGAACUCGGACGUCAAUUCGUAUUUUGGGAAAUCCACGUAUUUGACGGUCUCGGGCCAGCUGCAUCUCGAAGUCUUGGCCCUAGCCUUGGGGCGAUGUUGGUCACUCAUACCGUGUUUCCGUGCCGAAGAAAGCGACACGAAUCGACACCUGUCCGAGUUUUGGAUGCUCGAGGCGGAAAUCAGUUUUGUUGACGACGUGCGCGUUCUGACGUCGCUGGUGGAAGAUGGUAUCAAACAUGUGGUUCAGUCCUGUCUGGCACAGAAAACCUCGAUAUUCCCCACAAUAGUGCCCCAGGAAGGCGCAGAAUCGCCCGAAAUGGCAAUCAAACUGUGGGAAGAUAUCGUCAACAAAAGUUGGCCUGUACUGACCUACACUGAAGCCAUUUCCUUGCUGGAAAAACAGCACGAUUCGAUUCAAAAAUUCACAUUCCCACCCCAGUGGGGCCAAGCACUACAAUCGGAGCACGAAAAAUGGCUAGCUUCAUACUUCAAUGCUCCCGUAUUCGUCAUCGACUACCCAAGAGAUUGUAAAGCUUUCUACAUGAAGCAAAACAGCGACGGCAAGACCGUAGCAUGUUUCGAUCUCGUUGUUCCAAAAAUGGGCGAAAUAGUUGGCGGAAGUAUCCGUGAGGAUAACUAUGAACUACUAGUACAAGAAAUGGAGAGAAGAAACAUGAACAUGCCGUCGAUGGAAUGGUAUCUGUCACUUCGUCAAAACGGAAGCGCUCCUCACGGAGGCUUCGGGCUAGGCCUGGAAAGACUUGUCGCAUGGCUAUUUGGAGCCCAAAACGUAAGAGAUGGCGUGCCUUUUUAUAGAAGCGCAAAUGGCUCUAUUGAGCUUUAA